AUGACGAAAGCACCAGGCGUAGUAAUUCGUCGUUUCCGUGUCGCCGUUCUCACCCAUCCAUUUUCGUUCAUCCUUCUCCUCUCGCACCUCGCUAACGUCCUUUCCCCCAGCCCAAUGCCACCCAGACCACGAAGCCCAACGUGCGCCCGCCCACACCCGUCUGAACUCUUGUCUCCCUGGCUGCCUCAUCUCGUCUUUCCUGCUCUCGUCCUUCCUCCGUCCUUGCCAGUGCCCUCUAUCCCAUCUUCUCUCAUCCCUAUCCCUCUCCUCCCUGCUCCCGUCCUCCCUGCUCCCUCCCUCCUUUCAUCAUGCAUCCUCCGCCCAUCUUCCCAUGCUUGUCUCCCUCCCUCCCUCCCUCACCCACCCGGUCCCGAACCCCAACUUCCAACAGCAACGACAACGACAACUGCCCCAUCCUCGAACCGUCCUCGUCAGCCCUCAGGCCUCAACAUCAACAUCAACACCACCACUAACUUCCGGAUCCGGCGGCGGGCGUUCGGUGCUCGCACUGAUGGUGGGAGGGCUUGUGCGGCGGGAUUCACCGCGGACUACCCCCAGAGCACAGGAGAGGCGAGGAAAUACCCUACCUGGAGCCUGGGCCUGAGGUCGGUGCGAAUGGUGCUUAUGUGA